AUGGUCAAAGCUGCUAAAGAUAAGCGUGACAUCUACUAUAGGCUAGCCAAAGAAAGGGGUUUCCGGGCACGUUCGGCAUUCAAGCUGCUUCAACUCGACGAGGCCUAUAAUCUUUUCACUCCGACGACACGCCGUGUCGUUGACUUGUGCUGUGCACCUGGGAGUUGGUCUCAAGUCAUUCUACAGAAGCUCAAAAGUCUGAGUGACGGCAACAAAAUUGGCAGAGAUGAUGCUGUGCUAGUUUCUGUUGACCUUCAACCAAUGGCCCCGCUUGACGAUUCUUGUGUCUUUCUGCAAGCCGACAUCACGACACCUUCUACCCUGAAACGUAUUUUGGAAGCAUUCUCAAAUGCUGCUCGAACUGAUCUGGUCGUCUCAGAUGGGGCUCCCGAUGUCACGGGAAUGCAUGAUUUGGACAUUUACUUGCAACAUCAAUUACUGCUUUCAGCUCUCACUCUAGCAACCUGUGUCCUGCGCCGUGGCGGCGGAUUCGUCGCAAAAAUCUUCAAGGAGCAUGACACAUUCCACGGGGACGCUCAAGGCGGUGUGCACGGUCUCAGUAACUACAGUAGCGGAGACACAUCUGCCACUCUGCUUGUCGCCCAGGCACGACUUUUCUUCGAGCGCGUAACAAUUUACAAACCUGCGUCUUCGCGCGCAAGCUCUCUUGAGCAUUUCUUGGUUUGUGAGAGAUAUUCUCCACCGGCAGACUUUCAACCAAGUCUGGAUCGCCCGUUGUCAGUA